GCUGCUAGAAAAUCCAGAUAGAUAGUUUACUCAAUUUCAAGUAUGGCAUCAUCAUCUUCUUCUUCAUCGUAUGCUCGCAUGAGGUAUGAUGUUUUCUUAAGUUUUAGGGGUGAGACGCGAGGAUCCUUUUCUGAUCAUCUCUAUGCAAAUUUGAGGCGAGCUGGAGUUAACAUCUUUCGGGAUGAUGAAUUGCUCCGUAGAGGUGAGGAAAUUUCUGUUGAGCUAUCUAGGGCCAUAGAGGAGUCGAGGAUAUCCAUCAUCGUAUUCUCCAAAAACUAUGCCGGAUCCAGAUGGUGUCUGGAUGAGCUUGUGAAGAUCAUGGAGUGUAAACAAAAGUUGAAUCAGAUUGUUUAUCCCAUAUUUUACCAUAUUGAUCCUUCAGAGGUUCGUAAACAUACAAGCACGUUUGGUGAAGCAUUGACUCUACACAAACAACGAUUUGGAGAUCAGAAAGUUAAUGAGUGGAAAGAUGCACUCACUGCAGCUGCUAACUUGUCCGGAUGGGAUUUGAGAGCUAUAUCAAAUGGGUAUGAAUCAAAGUUCAUUGAGGAGAUUACUAAAGAAGUGCUAAGGGUGGUGAAUUUUAUACCCAUGAAUGUUGCAAAGCAUCCCGUUGGAAUUGAUUAUCAUGUUAGAGCUGUACUUAAUUUAUUACAAAUGCAAAAAAAUGAUGGUGUUCGGGUGAUAGGAAUUUUUGGCAUGGGUGGUGUCGGAAAAUCAACCAUUGCUAAAGCCCUAUACAAUCAUUUGAUCAUGAGUUUUCAAGAGUUUGAAGGUAGUUGCUUUGUUGCAAAUAUUAGACAAGAAGUUUCUAAUAAGGGAGACAAUGGUCUAGUUAGUUUACAAGAGAAACUUCUUCACAAAACACUCAAGAGAAAGAAUUUUGAAAUCGAUAAUGUUGAUGAAGGAAUAAGUUUGAUUAAAGCAAGGCUUCGAUGCAAAAGGGUUCUUAUUGUUCUUGAUGGCAUAGACCACAUAAGUCAAUUAGACUCAUUAACAGGUCAGCGAAAUUGGUUUGGUUCAGGUAGUACAAUUAUAAUAACAACUAGAGAUGUUCACUUGUUGAGUGAACUUGGAACACAAGAGAAGUACAAGGUUAAAACAUUAAGCAUUGAUGAUUCUUUGCAACUCUUAAGUUGGCAUGUGUUUGGUGUUCCUAUAGCAUUAGAGGAGUACACUGAAGUAUCCAAAACAGUAGCAAGUUAUACUAAAGGACUUCCAUUAACACUUACCAUUAUAGGCUCCUAUUUGCAUGGAAGAUCGGUGCAAGAGUGGAUUGAAUAUGUUGAGAAAUUAAGAAGCAAUCCUCAUGAAGAAAUUCAAACAAUUCUUGAAAUAAGCUAUGAUGCACUUGAUGGUGAUACUAAAAACAUCUUUCUUGAUAUUGCUUGUUGUUUUGUUGGGCAUUACAAAAAAGACAUUGUUAUGGUAUUGGAAGCUUGUGGUUUUCAUGCUAAAAGUGGAAUCAGAAGUUUGAUAGAAAGAUGUUUGUUAACAAUAGAUGGAGAUGAUUUUGAAAAGCUUGAGAUGCAUGAUUUAGUACGGGAUAUGGGAAGAGAAAUUGUUCGAAAGGAAUCUCUAAGAAAUCCUGGCAAACGAAGUAGAUUGGUGGACCCAAAUGAUGUUUUUGAUGUUCUACAAGACAACAAGGGCACAGAAGCAAUUGAAGUGAUGAUUGUGAAUUCUAACAUGUUAAAGAAUGUGGUUUUGAGUACGGAAGUAUUCACAGGGUUGGUAAAUUUGCGAAUACUCAUAUUAGAUGGUGUGGUUCUUAGAGGAUCUUUUAAAUAUUUUUCCAAUGAGCUUAGGCUUUUAAGGUUGCCUAAUUGUGAUUUGAGUCACAUUCAAUCGGAUUUUCGUUGUGCGAGACUUGUUGAGUUAGACUUGAGCCAGAGCAAUAUCGAAGAAUUUCAACCCAAUAUGCAGCAUUUUGUACGUUUGAGGAUGUUAAAGCUCGAUGGUUGUAAACAACUUAAGAGUACAUCAAACUUUACUGGGGCACAAAGUCUACAGAAAAUAUCCUUCAUAGCUUGUUCAAAUUUGGCGAAUGUGCACCCAUCAAUUGAAAGUUUAGAGAAGCUUGUUAUGUUAAAUUUGAGGAGAUGCAAGAAAUUGAAGGUGCUUCCAAGUAGCAUUUGCAAGUUAAAAUCUCUUGAGAAGUUAUUUUUAGAUGGUUGCAAGAAUCUGAGGGAGCUUCCAAUUGACAUUGGAAAAUUAGAGCAACUAAGACAAUUAGAAGCUGAAGAGACUGGUAUCUCACAUUUACCCUUUUCUUUGGGAUGUUUGAGAAACCUUAAGUCCCUGGAGCUGGGAAAUCUUGUGGGUUUAGUAGCUGUUGAUUUUUUACCAUCUUCAGCUGCGAAUUUAUGCUCAUUGGACAGAGUGAGAGUGAGUUUCAACAAAUUGCAGCAAGUAGUUAUAAAUUUUCCAAUUGCUCUUUGGAGUUUGACUUCAUUGACAAAUUUAACGUUAAAAGGAAUUCGGCAUCUUGAAAGCCCAUGGUUGGACCUUUCUCUUCUCUCCAAUUUGGAAUACCUCAACCUCGUGGAUUUGCAAAAUCUUAGAGCACUUUUAAAACUUCCACCUAGUUUGAGGUAUCUCUAUGUAAGGGAAUGUGAGUCAUUAGAAAAAAUACCAAAUAUAUCAAACUUGAGAAGUCUUUAUCAUUUGAGUAUUGUGGAGUGCAAAAGAUUUGUUGAGUUUUCAAGCUUAGAGAGUCUUAAAUACUUAACAUCACUUGCGAUAGGACAGCGCAAUGCUAUGCAUGAAUGCUUACAAAUCUCUCUUGGAAGUUUGACCUCUUUGACUUUUUUAGAUUUAUCUGGGAAAAGUUGUUGUCAUCUUCAAAGCUUACCCUUCAACCUUUCUCAUCUUUCAAAUUUGAUUUUUCUCUAUUUGAAUGAUUGGCAAAAUCUAAGAGCAUUGCUACAAUUUCCUCUUAGUUUACGGAUACUCUGUGUAAAAAAUUGUGUGUCAUUAAAAAAAAUAGUAAACUUGAAAAAUCUGGAAAGGUUGUAUAUUCCCAAUUGCAAAAGUUUGGUUGAGCUUUCAGGAUUGGCGAAUCUUGAAUUUGUUGAGAUAAGAAAUUGCGGUGCGUUGAGGAUUCCUUUGAUUGAAAAUUGGUUCCAGGCAGGCUGUGAAGGUAAUACUGUUCAGAUUUGGCUUGAAGUCACCAGAUAUUAUGUGCGUUGCAGUAUUCCAAAACUUUCGUGGAAUAAUACAUCAUCCAGCUUUAAAAUCGAGAACAAAUGGUUUGAUUGUAAUGUUGAGUUUGAUGGAGUUGGUGUUAGUGUGAGAAGCAAAACCAAUGGUGCUUGGAUCGUAAAGGAACCUCCGAAAUAUGAUAAAUGGUUUGAAGAAAUUGAAUUUGAGGUGGAAACAAGGAUUGGAGAAGUAUUGGAGGUGUAUGCUCAUUUCUAUCUUCUGCAGAUGGAGAAGAUGCAGCUUUGUUUAUUUGAAAUACAUAGAAACGAAGAUGGAGAAGUGCGUUUCUUUCCAUCCACAAGCGACUACGUAGAAAUUGAUGAUGGAACAACAGAAGAUGGAUGUUUGGGUAGUCGACGUGAAAAUGAAAAUAGAUUAAUGAUAUAUAGAAGAAGAGCAGAAUGGUUGGAGCAGGAGAAGAUGUAACAGCAGCAGCAGCAUUCUUUGGGAGUUUAUCCGUAAGUGUUUUUGUUGGGAUGAAGAAGGAAGAUGAACAUUAGUACAUACAGCUACUUUGAGGAUUCCUUCAAUUCGAUCAAUUAUAUUGAAAAGCACGCAGGUUCUGAAGAUGAUAGUUUCCAGAUUUUGCUUCAGCUGGGCUAGGGUUCCGGCCGUAUACUACAAUUUUCCAAUGCCUUUGGGGUAUGCAUGUAAUGGAACCUCACCUCCUUAUAUUAGCACAUCCAUCAUAUA